UCUACACAUGUGGUCAGCUGGCGGAGAGAAUCUGUCUAAAGCAAUCCUUCCUCCUAAAGUAAAACCUAACGAUAUCUUAUCCUGGGUUGCAGCCGCUGAGCUUCUUCUUACAAUCUGGAAACACAUUGAGUCAUUCUGCAGACAGUUUAAAGACACUCCUGAGUUCCUCAUUUUACGACCUACGCUAGACGACCUUCAACAAGUUCACUACGAAUUGCAGAAAUUGGUAAAGUUUCUGUCUCCAGUAUGCGUGAUUGUAAGAGCUCUUAAGCACGGCCUCGUUACUGACAAGAUAAACGAGAUAAUGACGCGGACUCUAAUAGAAGUGAGCUGUGUGGACCCAAAUAUCCAGAACAAUCUCCAGAACACCCUCCAGAACAACCUCCUAGCAUCAGGUGAGGGGUUAUCAAGUCCACCUAACAAGAUCCCCACUUCCCCUCUCUCCUUCUCCUCCCUCCCCAACAUCUCUCCUAGUUUCAAGAGCCCCUAUAAUAUGACGGCUCCUGCAGGCUCCCUACAGCUCUCCACUCCGGGAGCUCUAAUGAUGAACAGUUCCCCCGGAACUAGCUGUCAGGGUAAUGGGACCACAUUCCCCGUUACCAGUCUGGUGAAUAAUUCCUCACCAAGUCUUACUAACCAGUCCUCAUCCAGCUUUACCAACCAGUCCUCACCGAGUCUCACACCUGACACAUCCCCACAACGGCAGGUCUUUUGUUCAGUCCCCACCACUAACCCUCUCUCCAGUACCAACUUCCCGAGACUCACUUCCUGCUACAGUCUACUUGGUACCAACAUGCCGGACACUUCCUCCUCUCAGACCUCCAGCUUCAACCAGAUGAGACAACCAAUCAGGCCCCUGCCUGUCCUGCCCACCAGUUCUCAUUCUCAGCUGGGUCUCAACAAUAACCACACCUCACAGCGGCUGAGUCUCAACCUCUCUUCCCAGCCUCCUGCCUACUCAACCCUCCCUACCUUCCUCUCCUCCCAGUCUCUAUCCUCUCUAAGCACCCACUCCUUCCUCUCCUCAUCCUUCUCACGACCUGCUGUCCCGGACUCACCCCGCUCCACUCCCUCCAUACUGACCUCGUCUAACUCUACCAGCACUCUCUCUGAAACAUCUAGUUCCAGCGAGGAAACUAAAAAAGCAAGGUCGGAUGAGGAAAGGCCUUGUUUAACCAGCCCGACUGACAGACCACGUGAUCCUGAUGUUACGGACCAGAGCAAACUAAAGUCAGAGAAAUUAACAGAGUUCUGUAAGACGUUCAGAGGUCGUCUCACAGCUCUCAUCGCUGGUUCUUUUCAAACCAACAUCCUCGGCAGAAACAGCUUCUUCGACCGAUUCAGCGCUUUCAAUCCCACGACAUCAGAGGACACCUUCUCCUCUCCUAAGACUAUGGAGCAUUUCGAGCCGAUCCUGAGGAUCUUCAGUCCGGGGGAUUGGGUCCUGGAGAAGAGAGAAACUCUGAGUCAGGAAUUAGAAGCUUAUUUCAAGUUCAUUUCGACCACUAAACUAAGUAUAGACUCCGUCAGCUACUGGAAACUGCUCCGAACUGCGCUGCCUAAUUUAGGGAUCGCUGUUCUUAACUCUCUGGGAAUCUACACGGGAUCCAGCACAAUCCUUAGCAAACUGGCAAUGCAGCAGGCAGUGGAGGACCCGAAUGUCAACCUUUCUUUUGAUAACCUUAUCAGACUCUGUAUCAUGAACCACAACAGGGCUGUAGUCCCGAUAUGAAACAAAACACUUUCAACUUUGUAUUGAUUUCGUGUUUGCCGAAUGACAGUUUACAAUUUAUAGUUGAAGUUCCAAUCCUGAUUUGAGAAUUCGAUAGUUAAAAAAUCACAUCCAGACUGGGACGGAUUUAUAAUUUGGUAGGGAGUCCACACUAUUGAUAAUCACUGACUUAGACUUAUAGUUAGACACUUCUGCUAAGGAUAAGAUUGCUUUUUGAAUUAACAGUGUUUGAGCGCAAUCUGUUCUUAUUUUUUGAUAUUUGUGAUUUGGUAACGCUGACGAUAAUUAC